GCGUGCGUGCGUGUGUUAGUAUCCAGUCGGAGACCCUCUGCCCUACUUUUACAGCCUGAUGCUUUUGCGCUCCAAGGAUGAGGAGGCAUAUCCCACAAUGCUCUUGUGGAUAGAAGCAGUUGUUGUUGUAGUCGCGUGUUCUACUGGAUAGAGUCGCGCAGACCCACGGCCCGUGGACCGACUGCGUGUGCGUGAUCGUGCGUGGAAGCCCUCCGCGAGACCGAUAGAUAGAUAGAUAGAUAGAUAGAUAGAUAGAUAGAUAGAUAGAUAGAUAGAUAGAUAGAUAGAUAGAUAGAUAGAUAGAUAGAUAGAUAGAUAGAUAGAUAGAUAUUUGUUAUGAGGUGCAUUGCAGGAGAUAUUGGACAGGACAUUUAAGAAUCGGACGAGAGAGGGGGGUCCACUCACUGCCGACCGGAGCAUGAUGGACCCCCUGAACGACACACGCGUGUCUCUGGCGGAGCGCAGCGGCACAGGAGCAGCCGGCGGGGAACCGGCGGACGAUCAGACGCGUGGCUGCGGGAGAAUCGCGGCGAUGAGCGGCAGCGAGAGUCUGCACAGCUUCGCCGACAUGGAGGACUCGCUGGAGGAUAAACUGAAAGGUCUGGCGUUCAGAAAACAGAUCUCGUACCGGAAAGCCAUCUCCAGGUCAGGACUGCAGCAUUUGGGUCCGGCCCAAAGCCCUUUCCCUGCUCUGAGCAAUGGACCGGUCAAAGAGCUUCGCACAACGGUGGAUUGGAGCGAAAACGCAGUGAACGGUGAUCACCUAUGGCUGGAGACAAACUGCUCCGGAGACCUCUGCUACCUGGGCGAGGAGACGUGCGUGGUCAAGAUUGCAAAGUCGGCACCCCGCAGGAAGUGUGCAGUGUGUAAGAUCGUGGUCCACACAGCUUGUAUCGAGGAGCUUGAGAAGAUCAAUUUCCGAUGUAAACCCACAUUUAGAGAGGGCGGCUCUCGAAGCUUUAGAGAUCAGAACGUUCUGAGACAUCACUGGGUCCACCGACGGCGACAGGAGGGGAAGUGUCGACAGUGCGGCAAAAGUUUUCCACAGAAGUUCUUCUACAGUAAGGAGAUCGUGGCGAUCAGCUGCUCCUGGUGCAAACAGGCAUUCCACAACAAGGUCACAUGCUUCAUGCUCCAUCAGAUCGAGGAGCCGUGCUCGCUGGGAGCUCAUGCAGGAGUCAUCGUCCCCCCAUCCUGGAUUAUUAAAGUCAGGAAACCGCAGAGCUCCUUUAAAAACUCCACACGAAGGAAAAAAUGGACGUCCUUCAAAAGAAGAACCAGCAGAAAGGGCACUGAUGAAUCGAAAUGGCGUCCAUUCAUGUUGAAACCGUUGCCCUCUCCUCUUAUGAAACCAGUGCUGGUUUUCGUCAACCCUAAAAGUGGAGGAAACCAGGGGACAAAACUGCUGCAGAUGUUCAUGUGGGUUUUGAACCCUCGGCAGGUGUUUGAUCUGUCUCAGGGUGGACCCAGAGAAGCGUUAGAAUUAUACAGGAAAGUGCCAAAUCUUCGUAUCCUUGCCUGUGGAGGAGAUGGAACGGUGGGCUGGAUUCUGUCUGCCAUAGAUGAACUACAGAUGAACCCACAACCUCCUGUUGCUGUGCUUCCUCUUGGUACAGGAAAUGACCUCGCCAGGACGCUCAACUGGGGAGGGGGUUAUACCGAUGAGCCUGUAUCCAAGGUCUUGUGUCAGGUGGAGGAUGGCACUGUGGUCCAGUUAGAUCGCUGGAAUCUUCAGGUGGAGCGCUCAUCCGUUCAACCUGAGGAUGGCUCACAAAAGCUUCCUCUGAACGUGUUUAAUAACUACUUCAGCCUCGGUUUUGAUGCGCACGUCACAUUGGAGUUUCAUGAGUCCAGAGAAGCAAACCCGGAGAAAUUCAACAGUCGCUUCCGUAACAAGAUGUUCUAUGCAGGGGCGGCUUUCUCUGACUUUCUCCAGCGAAGCUCCAGAGACCUGUCCAAGCACGUCAGGGUGGUGUGUGAUGGUACAGAUCUCACGCCCAAGAUUCAGGAACUGAAGUUUCAGUGCAUCGUCUUCUUAAACAUACCCAGGUACUGCGCUGGUACCAUGCCAUGGGGAAACACGGGUGACCACAGAGACUUUGAGCCCCAGAGGCAUGAUGAUGGCUGUAUCGAGGUUAUCGGUUUCACAAUGGCUUCCCUGGCGGCGCUGCAGGUGGGCGGCCACGGUGAACGUCUGCAUCAGUGCAGAGAGGUCAUCCUCACCACCUUCAAGACGCUGCCCGUGCAAGUGGACGGCGAACCGUGCCGCCUCACGCCCUCCACCCUGCGCAUAUCUCUGAGAAAUCAGGCCAACAUGGUGCAGAAAAGCAAGAGGCGCACGUCUGUGCCGUUGCUAAAUGACAUUCAGAAAGUGCGCGCAGCCGAUCUGCGCCGUCUCUCUGCUCCCCCCGAUUCCUUCUCUGUCCCACACGCAGUCCCUGAGCGUCUGCGACUGCGCGUGAACCGCAUAAGCCUGCAGGAGUACGAGAACAUGCAGUUCGACAAGGAACGCCUUCGUGACAUUUCUACUCCUGUUGGCAUUGUGGUGGUGAGAGGAGACUGUGACCUGGAAACCUGUCGACUUUACAUUGACAGACUGCAGGAAGAUUUGCAUCAAGCGCCCUCUUCUGGCCACAGAGUGCAUUACCAGGACGAGAGCACGGGGUUGCCGCGGCCUAGUUCAACCCACAGGCUUUCACCAAACUGGAGUUUCCUAGACUCUACAUCAGCAGAUCGCUUUUAUCGCAUAGACAAGGCUCAGGAGCAUCUUCACUUUGUGACUGAAAUUUGUCAGGAUGAAGUUUUCAUCCUGGACCACGAGGCCCCAGCGGUGAGCCAGGUUCGGGUACCUGGAAUGCCAGAUGUGGUGGUGGAACGCAGCACCAGCUUUACCCUGACGCCAGAGGAACAAGCUCUACUAUCAGCUGCUAUGAAAGGAGACCUUACAACAGUGUCCAACUUCUAUGGCAGUGGGGUCAGUUUGUUAGCGCGGGACUCGAUGGGCUGCACGGCUUUGCACUUGGCAGCUCAGCACGGUCAUACUGAUGUUGUGAGUUUCAUUCUGGAACACGGUUCAAAACUGAUGUUGGAUUUAACCGAGAGGGAAACAGGCGACACUGCUCUACACAAAGCUGCUGCGCAGCAGCAUUAUGAGGUGUGCAGGCGCCUGCUGGACGCUGGUGCUUCCCUUAACAAAAACCUCCUGGGAAAAACUCCUAAGGAUUACGCCCUGGAUGCUGGGAACUCCGAAAUGGCAUCGCUUCUGGAGCGCCAGACGUCGGAUCAUCCCGUCAAACACGAGGAUCUCGAGACGGCAGUCUGAAUGGGCUUUACUGCACCCGGUGUUAGGAGUAUUUUUGCACCCACAGAUGGGGGCUGCUAGCGCUCUUCCUGGCAUUAGAGCACGCUCAUGCUCACAAAGAGAGAGAGAAAAGAGAGAGCGUGAGGAGGAUAGACAGAUAGAAAGAUGUGCGUGGAGAACGGCUCAGGUCAUUCCUCUUGAAGAAAGAAACGACUCAAGUUAACCGGAAAUGUCUAGCUGUUGUUUUCCACUAAUGUCACUGUGGAGUUUAGGAUGUUUUAAUAUUUUGGUUGGCUUUUUCCUAGCAUUUAUUUAUUGCUCUAUUUAUUGAACUAUUUAUUCAAAGAUGGAUUUUGGUUUUAUAAAACCUGUUUUUAGAGAAACAAGGUGUUUAAACAGCCAGAAAUGAUCGGCCGUGGACUUUCACGCGUCAUGUGUGCCAAAGAUGCACAUAACUGAGAAUGGUGUUACGCUGUAGAAAUCAUUCCCGUUUGUCCAGCAGGUCCUCUGGACAAAUCCUGCUUUUAAAGAAAGCUGCCGAAGUUUGAGUUUAUUAUUUUAGAGAUUAACGUUAAACUCAAAACCCUGUCAUUUCCCAAAAGCAUAACUACUUAACACAUUCUGUUCUUUUUGAGUUGUUUGUGUGCCGUUACAGUGGUGUGAUUGUGAAGUUAUCUUGGAAAAAAGUGAUUAAAAAAAGAUCUGAGCCAUAUUCAAUGCAAUAUGAAUGGAUGACAUUUGUGCAUUUAUCUAAUACAUUACAUUAAUGUUUCACGACAAGCAGAGGAACUACGGAUGGGAUGAGUGUGUGUGAAGGGUGUUGUUUACUGAUGGCAGCUUAGUUGUUUCUUUCAGAUGCCAAUUGCUGAUUAUAAUAAGACAAGUAAGAGUAUUUAAACAGUACAGAUUUAAGUGGAGUGUCGACAUUACAUAGUCCUGUAUCAUGUCUCAUCAUCAGUCACCAGAAAUUAUCAGACAUGCAUGAAAACGGCUGCCUGUAGGACCACGCUGAGAUCGUUGUAAUAUGAGUGAUCUGCUGUGAUAUUCUGUAUUAUCGGUUGAGAUUGUAAAAGCAUCAUUGUGCAUGGAUUUUUGUUACCUUUGGAUGUUUCUUACCCCUCAAGAAUUAUGUAACAAAAUGACAUUUUCUUUUUUAAGUCUUGAAUUAUAAAAACUGUUCAGUGGUUGUAUUUUGCUUUUUAUCUUUUUAAGAUGAAACUACUUGAAUGUUUUGGUUUAUUUUCUUCUUAAUUUCUAAAUAUCUGUUUUUUGAGUGUAUGAGGAUAAGCAGACUCUGGACAUAAGUACCUGUGACAGAUAUUAUGUUGCACGAUCUCAAAACUGGGAAUGUUUUCUCAUUAAACGGCAGUCAGAUGGAAA